ACGUUAUACAAUUGUAGUUGCAAAUAUGACAUCAGAUGGUUGUUGUUCCCCCAAAAAUGGCUUCUAGAAUAAUGGGCGGGUGUGUAUAUAAGACUUUCCUGUAUAUAGCUGCACUGACCUAAUUCCCUUUAUCACAUACUUCAAAUCGACAAUUGGAACAAUAGAUGAACAACUGUUAUCAUCUACAACAGAUUUGAUUGGAUUUUAACAGACAUUGAUAGUGAUAGUGAAUCGUCUGAGAAUGUCUGAACUUGAUCAAUUGUUUGCUUAUCCUAGUGAUGUGCCUCCAAUUUCACCUAAGGAUGCUAAUUCAAAGCUUAAACUUUCAGGAAGAGUAUUAAAUAUCAUGUCAUCAUUACCAACUCAAAUUUAUAAUAAUUUCGAUUAUAAGACUGGAGAACAUAAUUGGUAUGUGGAGUCUGUGAGAGGGAAUUCUGCUUUGUAUUCAUCUCAUUUCUUUCUUGAUCAACAUACUGAUUGGGAAUCUCAUUUGAUUGCUUGGACAGGAGAAAUUAUUAGUAAAUCAUCAAAUCAUAAUAAUCAGGAUAGUAAAGGAGUUACUGAUCUUGAUGAAUCGCUUUAUUUAGAUGAUAAGGAGAAAUUGGAAGUGGAAAAGAAAGUUCGAACUUCAUGUAAAUCAGAAAAUGUUCAUCCUGUAUGGUUAUUAAGAAAAGAUCAACAUAGAUGGAGAAAAUAUGCUGAAGAUGUAUUAUGGCCUGUAUUUCAUUAUAUUCAAGGUCAACCAUCUGAUGGAAAGGCUGAGGCGGAAGCAUGGCAUGAUUAUGUCAAAUUCAAUGAAGUUUAUUUCAAUCGAAUUAAAACUAUCUAUAAACCAGGGGAUAUAAUAUGGAUUCAUGAUUAUUAUUUAUUUUUAUUACCUCAAUUAUUAAGAAUGGAAUUCCCUGAUGCUUAUAUUGGUUUAUACGUUCAUGUUCCAUUCCCUUCAUCGGAAUAUUUCAGAUGUCUUAGUAAAAGAAGUCAAUUAUUAGAUGGAAUGUUAGGAGCUGAUAAAAUUGGGUUUCAAAGUGAUUCAUUCCAAAGACAUUUCUUAUCGUGUGCAGCUCGUUUAUUAGGGUAUGAUGUUACUGCUAAUGAAGUAUUAGCUUAUGGUACAGCUAUAUCAGUUGAAACAUUACCGAUUGGAAUUGAUACUAAGAAGAUUGCUCAUGAUGCUUUCCAAAGUGGUAUUGAAGAUAAAGUUAAUGCUCUUCGAGAAAUUUAUCAUGAUAAGAAGAUUAUUGUUGGUAGAGAUAGAUUGGAUAAAGUUAGAGGAGUAGCUCAAAAAUUACAAGCGUUUGAAAUGUUCUUACAAAUGUAUCCUGAAUGGAGAGAUAAAGUGGUGUUGAUUCAAGUUUCAAGUCCAGGUUAUUCUCAUAGUGGUAAGGUUGAAAAAGAUGUGGCUGAAUUAGUUAAUCAUAUUAAUAGUGAAUAUGGUAAUUUGAAUUAUACUCCUGUAUUACAUUAUCAAAUGAGAAUUGAUAAAGACGAAUAUUUUGCUUUAUUAAGAGUAGCAGAUUUAGCUUUAAUUACUUCCGUAAGAGAUGGUAUGAGUACAACUGCUUUAGAAUUUGUCAUUUGUCAAGAAAAGAAUAGUUCUCCUUUAAUCUUAUCUGAAUUCACUGGUACAUCUUCUGUAUUAACUGAAUCUAUCUUAGUUAAUCCUUGGGAUUCAGUUGGAAUUGCUAAGACUAUUAAUGAUUGUUUUAAUAUGUCGGAAGGUCACAAACAAAGUUUACAACAAAGAUUAUAUAAACAAGCUACCACCAAUACCAUUCAAACAUGGACCAUUGAGUUCUUAACUCAUUUGUUGAAUCAUGUGGGUCAAACUCAUCAAUCUCAUUAUAUUCCAUCUUUGAAUCGUCCUUUAUUAUUAAACAACUAUAAAAAUAGUAAAAGAAGAUUAUUCUUAUUUGAUUAUGAUGGAACAUUAACUCCUAUUGUGAAGGAUCCAGCGGCUGCUAUACCAUCAUCAAGAUUAAAUGAUAUUUUAGAUGCUCUUUCAGCUGAUCCAAGAAAUCAAAUUUGGGUUAUAUCAGGUAGAGAUCAAGCAUUUUUAGAUAAAUGGUUAGGAUCAUACAAUAUUGGUCUUAGUGCAGAACAUGGAUGUUUUAUGAAAGAUAUUGGAUCAAAUGAAUGGGUUAAUUUAGCGGAAUCCUUUGAUAUGUCAUGGCAACAAAAAGUUGAAGAUGUAUUUAAAUUUUAUACUGAACGUACUCCAGGUACUCAUAUUGAAAAGAAAAAAGUAGCUUUAACUUGGCAUUAUAGACGUGCUGAUCCUGAAUUAGGUUCAUUCCAAGCUACUUUAUGUUAUAAUCAAUUGAUUGCUACAGUUGCUCAACAAUAUGAAGUUGAAAUUAUGGAAGGUAAAGCCAAUAUUGAAGUUCGUCCUAAAUUCCUUAAUAAAGGUGAGAUUGUUAAACGAUUAGCUUUAAAUCCUCAUGGAGCAAAACAAGAUACUCAUCCUGUAACAAAGACAAAGAAAGAUGUCCCAUUAGAUGAAUUACCUGAUUUCAUGUUAUGUCUUGGAGAUGAUUUAACUGAUGAGGAUAUGUUCCGAUCCUUAAAAGAUAUUGAAAGUGAAUGGCAAUUAAAUGAAUUACCCAAGAAUGAAUAUGGUACAUAUGGAGUUUAUCCCGUAGCUGUUGGACCAGCUUCAAAGAAAACCAUCGCCACCUCCCAUUUGAAUGAACCAUCUCAAGUAUUAGAAACUUUAGGUUUAUUAACUGGUCAAGUCUCUAUUUUUGAAAGUGCAGGAUCAAUUGAUUUAGAUGAUAGAGGCCAUGUAACCAAUAGUGAAUCAUCCGAAAGAUCAAAGAGUGCUAUCAAAGCAGCAUCCAUAAGAAGAAAGGAUAAAUUGAAAGAAAAGGUUUAAUUGGGUUAUUCUUUGGUUCAGAGUUAAUAGUUUUUAUUGGAUAGUCUAAUUUUUGGUUCUCUUAACGUAUUUAUUUUUAUCACAUUUAUUUUUAUAACUUAUAACGAAAUAUACCAAAUCUAUAUAUAUAUAUAUAUAUGCCGAU